AUGGUUUCCGGAUACAAUGAGAUGGGUCUGGCCUAUCGCGACCACGAUUGCGCCCAUGUCAAUGAGACUGUGGGGUACUAUCGGCAAAUAGCCGUCGAGCCCCUUGGGCCAGACUCGUAUAUGUCGGCAAUGCCUCCAACGAGAAUGGGCUCUCUGGCUUCAUACGCGUAUGGAGGAAACACACUAGCCAUAGCGGUCAAUGCCGCGUAUCAAACGGUGCAAGCUUCAUUCCACUUGUACUCGAUCUGUGGGCACUAUAUCCGCGCCGCGAGGACCGAUCGCAGGCUGAUUUGCCAGAUCGAAAGAGUCAGGGAUACGCGCACCUUUCAGACUCGCGUUAUCCGAGUGAGCCAGGAAGGAAACGAUGCCUCGACGCAAUUGUGUUUCAUCGCUUCGGCGGAUUUCCAUAUUGAAGAACCACGAUCCAUGGUGACCUAUUCUACGCUUCCACAGACCAGCCUGCCACUUAGCAACACCGGUAUCUCGACCAUACCUCCACAAGGCCCAAAAGAGCAUGGGUUAUACCAGAAUCUCGAGCGCUUUCUGGAUAUGCAGCCGAUUGCUGUUGCCGCCAGCAUGAAGGAAGAAGAGCAGAAGGGUCCAUCCUCUGCGCCCUCCAGAUUUUCGGCGGAAAGGUUCCGUGUACAGGCACCGCUGGAGAGUGAAGCUGAACAUAUAUCAGCAUUGGCAUUUUACAUGGACAAAGGCCUGGCGUAUAUACCCGCGAAUCACAGUGGUUAUGCGCUCACCGACGCCAGUGCUUGCGCUACUCUGGACUUUUCUCUUCGAUUGUUCACGCAUGGAAUCGAUCUGCGACAGUGGCAUCUGACGGAGGCAACGACAUCGGUGGCUGGGAAUGCUCGGGCCUUUAGCGAGGGACGCGUAUGGGAUGAGAAUGGCCGUCUGGUUGCCAGCAUGACCCAGCAAACUCUUCUUCGCCCGAAGGCUGGUUUCCAUCCGCGCAUUUGA